AUGGAAGUUAACCUUGAGGACUUUCCAAGAAUACAGGGCAGCUCGAUUAGUCAGGGAUUCUCGCAGCUUCUUCCUCGAGCCCCUCCGGUCAGCCUUAACCCCAAGGAAAUACCAACAGAGAUCGGGUCAGCCACCUCGGGUAUAACAAGCACGGUAGAAAGCACGCCCCACCAGGUCGUGGGUGCGGCAGAAGAGAUUACUAGCGAGAUCAAAGUUCAUCUGCCAGACUACUAUCAUGUUGGCCUUUGGGGAUACUGCAGCGGAGAUGACGAUCAAAAGGCCGUGUGCUCUCACCCGAGCCUAUCAUUCCACUUCGACCUAUCCGCGAUUUUACGAUCAGCCUCUCCACUCGUCGACCAUAUACUACGCGAGCAAGAAGAUCACGAUAUUAGUGGCUAUGCGAGGCUUUCUCAUGGGAUCACCUGCAUGUGCAUCCUAGGGUUUAUAAUGACCGUUUUAGUAAUAGUACUUGGCGUAUGGAGGGAGUUUUACGGUGGACACAAGAAACUGCUCGCCGCGCUCCAUAUGUGCUCGGUGAUUCUAGUCACUGCGGCUGCCAUCAGCGUUACCGCCAUGUAUGGCAUUCUCAUUCAUACUAUCACCGAAGUGCUCGAUGGCCUUGGCGGCCAGGCCCGGGUGGGGGGCUCCAUGCUUACCCUUCUUUGGAUGGCGAUGAUUCUCUCUCUGGGAGCUUUUUCAGUUUGGCUCAUCCGACUAUUCUGCCGUGACCUUUGA